AGAGACUUUCUCCUCAGCUCAUUGAUGGUUCGUACCCAGGCUCGAAGCAUUCACCGACUACAGGAAAACAUCGUUUAGCCGCCUGAAAGUGCUUGUUUCUAAAGUCCUGAUAGUUCACCUUCCAGUCACUUUUCACUCAUUAUGGCCACACGAGUUCGACCGAGUAGUAAACGGUGUGCAGUCAUCGGGGGGUCAGGUUUCCUGGGCAGACACUUGGUGGAGAAGCUGUUGGAGAGAGGCUACUCGGUGUCCGUGUUUGACAUCCGGCAGAGCUACGAGCUACCCGGCGUCACCUUCCACCAGGGAGACCUCUGCGACGAACAGGAUCUCCUGCCAGCUCUGAAGGAUGUGUCCUUGGUCUUCCACUGCGCCUCCCCGGCCCCUGCCAGUGAUGACCGUGGGCUGUUUGAGAGGGUCAACAUUCAGGGCACGCGCAUCGUGAUUCAGUCCUGUCUCAAGGCUGGAGUUCAGAAACUAGUCCUGACAAGCAGUGCCAGUGUGGUGUUUGAAGGGACCGACAUUAAGAAUGGAAGAGAGGAUCUGCCUUACGCCAGGAAGCCCAUUGACUAUUACACAGAGACCAAGAUUCAGCAAGAGAAGUUGGUCCUUGAAGCUUGUGACCAAGAGAAAGGUUUCCUCACAGUUGCAAUCCGGCCUCACGGCAUCUUUGGCCCUCGGGACCCACAGCUGGUUCCUAUCCUAGUGGACACGGCUCGCAGGGGGAAAAUGAAGUUCAUCAUUGGUGAUGGGACCAAUUUGGUUGAUUUCACCUUCGUGGAGAAUGUGGUUCAUGGCCACAUCUUGGCAGCUGAACGCCUAAGGUCGGACUCCCCUAUAUGUGGAAAACCAUACCACAUCACUAACGAUGAGCCAAUCAAAUUCUGGGACUUCAUGUCGGAGGUGUUGGUGGGUCUGGGAUAUGCUGCUCCACGUUACCACCUCCCCUACUCUCUUGUGUACGGACUGGCCCUGCUCCUCUGGCUGCUGGCUCUGAUCCUUCGACCUCUAGUUUCUUUCAAACCCACUUUUACACCGAUGAGAGUGGCACUGGCUGGAACCCAUCACUACUACAGCUGUGAUCGUGCCAAGCAGGAGCUGGGCUACAAGCCACUCGUCAGUCUGAAGGAGGGGAUAGCACGCACAGUGGAGAGCUACCCCCAUCUCAGACAGGGGGCUUGAUGGUAGAUCAGAGGUUAAGACUGUUGAGACAUGAAAGCCUGGGGAUGUUUGUUCCAGGUGAUCAGGUUACACUGACUGGACAAUUCAAAAUAAGGGAACAAACAACUUAAUCUAAACCCUGAAUUGUUUGGCAUUUGUGUGCCUUUUGAAAACUUAUGUACCAUUUCCACCAGCAGAUGGCAGCAUAAUUAUACUGCAUUUAAUCAGCACACUACAGUCUGUUGAUACAGAAGGUUGAAAGCACUUGGUUAAUGGUAAAAACAAACGAAUGACAACUGAAAUGUACAGAUCCUACACUGUAAAAACUUCAAAGAUGGACUAACAAUCUUCUUCCAUUCUUGUUUUCACCUGUCUGCUGUACACACACUAUGAUGUUGCUGUUUAUGUCACAAUGCCUUAAUACAUUCCAUGAUAUUAUUAAGAAA